CCAGGCAAACGUUGGGUUUUUCUGUUGCACAUGCCUAAAUUGAUUUCAGUUUGUCAUCAUGGUAAAUACAGACUUUGGGAUUUAGCAAUAAAACACAUUUGCAUAAUUUCGGGAGAGAUUUUGAAAUCAUGACAUGGUUGCCAGUGUUCGGUGGGUGUAGUUCAUUUGAGACUCAGAGUAGUCUGUGAUUUGUUAAUGUCAGUCUUAUAUAGGCUACUGAGCUUUACUGUGAGACUUGCCCAUGCUUUAUCCUACUCAUGAUCUAAUAAUUCUGUCACGAGAUGGUUGUGUACAUGUGGGAUUAGACCAGCUAAAGUUUCUCUCACAUUUCACCAUUUCAUUGAAGACUAUCGGAGAUGGCGUCUGAAAAAAAGGACACCGGUGAUGUUUUGAAGAGUCAGAAUGUAUUUCUUCGGAUCCUCAAUCUUCGAUCUGUCAGUGCUGCUCUCGAAUCCAUUGAGAAGACGUACACCAGCACGAAACAGUCUCAUUCCAUCAUAAGGUCUGUGUGUGGGCUGUAUGAGAAAGGUGUGAGGAGGGCUGGCAGCUUGGCUGUUUGGAGUUUGCAACCUGCCCUCCAUGUACUGGAGCCCCAGCUUGUAGCAGCCAAUUCAAUGGCUUGCAGAGGACUGGACCGCCUUGAGGAGAAGGUACCGGCCUUGCAGUCUCAGCCUGCAGAGCUGGCAGCAAAUAUCAAAGAGCUGAUGUCUUCAACUUUGGAAACCGCCAAAGAUGGAAUCGCCUGUCCAAUCAAACAAACCUCUAAUGUUGUGUUGGACAAGGUAUCUACUGGGUACCAGCAGAGCAAGAAUGCCAUAAGGGACGGCAUACAGUUUGUCCUUAACAGCAAGCUCGUGUACCUGGCCGAACAGAGAGCCAACAGGGCUCUAAGUCUGACGGAGAACCUGGUCGAAUACGUCCUUCCUGUAUCUUCAGCUGAGACAGAGGAUGAUGGGAGUAUGAGAGAGCAGGAGCCUGAUUUUAGAUCCUCUGGCCAGAAUCCCAGUUUCGGCAGACUGAGAGCGCUGGCCGACGCCAUCUGCAGACGUGCCUUUGAGAAGACAGCUGCACAGCUUCAGCGCUCCAAACGUCAAGGUCAGGAACUGGUCACACAGAUCCCUGGCGUGAGUUCCCUGGUUGAAUAUACCAUGAAGACAAUGAAGACUAUAGGAGGUGUAAUACUAGGACUCCCGAACUCUGUAGCAGCGUUUCUGAAAGCUCCUCAGAAGGAGAUGACCAAUAAUGAGCAUGAGAAACUCGAGAGUAAUGGGCUGCCGAGUCUGGUCAGUGGAUUAGGGCAGCAGUUACUUAAAGUCAAUAGAUCUGUGCUGGGUAAAGUAAAGAAAACCCCUCAAACCAGUUUCAACCUGGCUAAGGAUGGAGUCAACGUUGUCCUGGGUUCCUUUGGCACAGUCAGGGAGCGAGCGCUGCACAACCUUUCUUAUUAUGGGCUGAUUCCUAGGCGAUCUUCCAAGCCAGGAGGUUCCCAACCGGCUGGGAAAGAUGGAGCAGAAGAAUGUCUGAGUGACUCCCUGGUGCUGGAGGCCAUUUUGGGAGACCACAUGCACGGUCCCAGUCACAACUCUGAAAAGCCACCUCUUAAGACUAAAGAGCCAAGAGAGAUAUCGGAGGAAACCCGUCAGCUGAAGAAAUUGGUAAUAAAGCAGAUUCCUAUGCAGCAGAAAGUAGUUCUUGGGGGGAGCAACAAAAAAUCUUCCAACCACCGAUCCUCUAGGAAGAGUCUGACCGAUUACACCAAGAUCUCCUCCUCUUCUAAAAUUCACACAGUGCCAAACGGCAGGAAUGCAAAAUGAGAAUGGAGCGAUGAUUUUCAAGUCUCAAAGUCAGUGACCUAGUUAUAUACAUCUGAACUGUUUAUGCAUUUCUUUUCGAUAAUAAAGCAUAUUUAUUUUGUUGUGCACAUAAAUCAUUCUGGAGAACUGAUAUACAGUGCUAUUGUUUAAAGGUUUGCAGUCAGUAAGAUUUUACUAUACUAUGGUCUAAUAAGCGGAUUUGCUCAGAAAACUUUUUUUUAUAAUCAAUGUUGAAAACAGUUCUGUGCUUUUGUUCUGGAGUGUUUAAAUGCGUUAAAUAGAAAAGUGUUUCAUUUAAAAUGACAACAAUUUAAAACAUGAAAUAUACCUUGAUUUUAACUUUUGAUCAUUUUAAUGCAUUCAAAAUAUCUGACAUCAAUCUUUUAGCUAUAGUGUAGCUAAGAAAAACAACAACACUGUGAUGUGGCUUGAAUAUAAGGCUAAUUUAUAUAGAACUGUAAUUGCAGAGAUGGUGCAAAUAUCAUUAAUGAGACAAGGCAAAUCCUGACUAAUUUUCACUGAUAUUUUUAUUGUAUCAACAGUCACAGCAAUUGGUGAUCAUACACUUUUUUCCAAAAGAUUCCCUUGCAAAACUAAGAUGUGAGGAAUGAGAUUUCAUCAUUACACAUAAACUGCACAGUUGUGACCCAUUAAGUACCAGUAUAAAUUAUUUACGCCAUAGUCUUUUUUUGUUGUUGCCAUGUCACUGCCUCUAUUAGUUUUUGAGGGGACAAUGUGCUCGAUGGAAAAGUCCUCAGAUUUGUAUCUCUUUCAAGAUACCAGAAUGACAUUUACAGCAAAUCAUUACAGCAAAGGUCAUUCAGUUAUGUUAGAUGAUUUAUGCAACACAUACAGCAUAUUAAUUGAAGAAAUAGCCUUUCACUUCAAUUUGACCAUAUUUUAAUAUGAAUAACAGAUCAAAAUGUUUACAUGCAUACUUGUAAUGUCUAUGUGGUCUAUAAAUAUAUGACAAAUAAAUCACAUUUAUCUGUCAGCUCUUCACCAUGUAUUCACUCCAUUUGUUUCACUUCAGAUUUCUAUUGGCAAUCUUUCAUCAACUGAAGUUAAAGGAGUAGUUCACUU